AUGAUUUUUGUAUUCAAAUGCGGAUUGCCGCUCCAACCAGUUUGGGCAGUUCCACCAGCACCCAAGGGAGUGUCCAGUGAAUGGCAGGACGCAUAUCCUGCUGACGGCAGGAUUGGCCUCGGCCAAGCUGAGUGCGAAUCCGUAUCCGAAUCCCAUCCAAAAUGGCCAAUGUCCCAUGUUCGCUUUUUGCUUUCAAUACUGCUACUACUCUUUGUUCGGUGGCCUCGACAAAGGGGUCAAAUCGAAAGGGCAACAGUUGAUGUUCAGGGCGCAUGUGUUGAGUCCUGGAAUGGGUGGCCAUUUUGUAGCGAGCACGAAUGA